GCUCCGGCGAGGCGGGCGCCGCGAUGGAGGCGGCGCUGCGAGGCUGGCCAGCCAGCUACCGGGCUGGCCGCACUCGCGCUGAUUUGUAACAACUCGCACAGGAAGUCGGGACCCGCGGGAUCAGUCCGCGGAGUCAUGCUGAUGCAGCCGCUGCGGAGCUGCGCUAACCGCCUGCUUUGCCGCCAGGGUCUCCGGGGCCCCGCCUCAGGCCCGGAACCGUGCGGGGCGCAGCGCUGGGCCUGGCCUUGGGGUAAAGAAAAUGAAAAAGAGAAAAGGUCAUUGGUAUGUGUGGAGGGCAAUAUUGCAAGCGGGAAGACGACAUGCCUAGAGUUCUUCUCCAGUUCAGCAGACAUCGAGGUGUUACCGGAGCCUGUGCCCAAGUGGAGAAAUGUCCGUGGCCAUAAUCCUCUGGGCCUGAUGUACCGUGAUGCCUGUCGAUGGGGCCUCACGCUGCAGACAUAUGUACAGCUCACCAUGCUGGAACAGCACACUCGUCCUCAGACGUCACCUGUGCGGUUGAUGGAGCGGUCGAUUCACAGUGCAAGAUACAUUUUUGUUGAGAACCUGUAUAGAAGCGGGAAGAUGCCUGAUGUGGACUACGUGGUCCUUUCGGAAUGGUUUGACUGGAUCGUGAAGAACAUCGAUGUGUCCGUGGAUUUGAUAGUUUAUCUCCGGACCACUCCUGAGACCUGUUAUCAGAGGUUAAAGAUGAGAUGCAGGGAAGAGGAGAAGGUCAUUCCAUUGGAGUACCUGGAUGCUAUUCACCACCUGUACGAGGACUGGCUCAUCAAAGGGAGCCUUUUCCCCAUAGUGGCCCCUGUUCUGGUGAUUGAGGCUGACCACGACAUGCAGAAAAUGUUAGAACUCUUUGAACAAAACCGGGACCGAAUAGUAACUCCAGAGAAUCGGAAACAUGGUUUAUAGAACGGGAAAGAUCAUGCCAGAAAAAUGCCUACCGUUGCCAUAUUAGCUAUUAGGAACAAUGUGGAAAAUCUGCUCUUGGGAGGGCUUUGUGUCUAGCCAGACUUUUUCUAAUGUUCUUUUCACCUUCGCCAGUGUCUGUCCUGGGUUUCUGGCCCUCACGGGUAAAUGACAAAUGGGACCAAUGCGUCAUGCCCUUUAGUGUUUGCAACCUUGCAUUCCUUCUGGUGCGUCUCAUGGUGGUUUCCCAUUGCUGGAUUCCUCUAACUAAGCCCUCAGGAAGAGCCACCUGACAUCAUGCUGGACUUGUGAUCUCUAACCCUUCAGACCACCCGGGAGGGGAAGGUGGUGGUCUUAUAUCCUAGGGAAGAAAGCUGAAGCUCAGAGAGGCGCAGGGACUCCCCAGGGUCACACAGCCAGUGACAGUGGCGCUGGCACCGUUUAGAUUUUGGCAAUUCCAAAAUGUCUUCUUGCCCCAGGCUGCCUCGUCCUGCCCUGCCUUCCCCUAAUGGAGACCCUCAUAUCUGCGUUGGGAGAGCCAGCAGUGUAUGGAGCCAAUGUCAUUAUUUUUCAUUAUUUGAGCAGUUCUUUUUUAAAGAUUUUUUUUAUUGGGGAAUUGGGGGAAGGGGAACA